UCUAUUGUCAAGAGUGCGUUUCUAAUUGACUAAAAAGAUGUUUUUGGAUUUUUACAGUUAUCAACCUUUGCCUGAAAAUUUGAAGGCAAUGUCAGAUGGACAGGCGGGAUUGGUAAAUCCCAAAAAUUUGAAUCAUUUUAAAUAUCGCGGCAAGGAAAAAUGCCUGUUGGAGCAGGAUGAUCCCGCAAAAAUAAAAUUUGAAAGAUCCAUCUUAAAAAAUCACAUAAAUCCUGCACAUAAACAAAUCAUGGAGAAGAUUCGGCCAUUUUACGAUAUUUCGUGCGAUCGCAUUAACAGAUAUUCUUGUGUCAUUAUAACAAGUCUAAUGUGGAGGUCCACUUGGAAUUUGUUAUACUAAGGAAAAAUAAUUUUAAAUUAAAAUAUAUUUUUUGUAACGUAAUCUUAUAUGCUAUUAUACCAUAAUCGAGCAUUUCAAGCCAACGUUCUUUUCAGCAGACGUUACCUUUUUAUGUUUUUAUUUCAAUAUGUGAAUACAGCUGCAGAGUGAGAUGGUGUAAGCUGAAUAAUUACUCCGUGGGAUGAAGAGUUGGUAAUUCGUUUAACGAAUUAGUGAUGUUUAAGUAAAUGAAACUGUGUUGUAAUAAACAGGAAAAUAUUUAAGAAAACUUUUGCUGGGAAAAUUUAAAAAAUGGCAUUUCAAACGUCUAUUCCGAAAAUGUUGAAAGAUACAUAUCGGUGUAUUAAACUAUAAACAUAAAAAAAAUAAUAUCUGCUUAGGAGGAACGUUGACUCGAAAUGCUCGAUUGUUGUGGCAUAUAAAAUCUUUUAUGUACAGAACAGUAUGAAUAGUAAAUAUAUUUUAA